CCACCGCUGUUUGUUCUGGUGGCAGCAAUGCAGGUCUGGUCAGGGCUGCUAGUCAAUACUAACGCCUUCCCCCCAAAAAAGUUGCUUCCUUGAAUCAGGGUGAAGCUCUGGUCACCUGGCAGUCUCUUCACUCAGGGCCCCCCAAAGCGUGGGGCUUGAAGGACAACCUUGAUUUGCCCUCGUAGGUCACAAGACAGUAGCAACAGCAGGUUUAUAUGGACCAAGCGGCAAUCCAGAAGACUGUCUGGCAUGAUGAGUUUUGGGAGAACCCCUGGGAGCUGGGGGGCCUGAUAGUGAUUGGCUUAUUUAUCUCCACAGUUCUGUUUUUCUUCAUGUUUGCUGUUGUAUUUGGUUUAAUCCCUCCACUGGAGAAGACAGAAUAUGAAGAGGAUUGAUGUGACAUCCUGGGGGCCAAGAAGAUGAGAGGUGAGAGAAGCAAUGGAUAAGAAGGUCCCCCAAUAAAUUCCCAGCCCAGCCAGCAACUUGAAGAGGACACACAUAUACACACACACCAAAAAAAAAAAAAAAAA